CCAGGGAGUGGGAGGCAGGGGAACCAAGGCCGGAUGCUGCCACAGCCUCACAAGCACAGGCAGCUUCUGCUGGGAUCUGUCCAGGUUUCCCUCCCCACCCAGUGCACCCUGACCCUUGAGGAGCCAAGCCUGUAUACACACCAAAAUGGAUGACAAGAAGAGGAGGAGGAGCCCCAAGUCCUGCCUGUCGCAGCCUGCACCCCCUGCCAGUGCAUUGCGCAGGGUCCCAGUCCCAACCAGCCAAAGUGCCUCCUUCUCCUUGGGCCUUCCCCACCUGCCAUCCCCAAAGCAGCGCACCAAGUUUAAGAGGGUGACGAAGGAGAAGGGCCACCUUGUGCUGGUGGGUGGAGGGGUGGGUGCCCCAGCAGGCACCCCCUUGCAGCACUCCUUCCUGACAGAGGGGACUGGUGUCUAUGAGAUGGAGGGAGGGCUACUCAACCUAAUCAAUGACAUUCAUUCUGGCCGGCUCCAGGCCUUUGGGAAGGAGUGUUCCUUUGAGCAGCUGGAGCAUGUUCAGGAGCUGCAGGAGAAGCUGGCUAGGCUGCACUUCAGCCUGGAUGUGUGUGGAGAGGAGGAGGAGGAGGAGGAGAAGGACGAGGAGGAGGAAGAGGCUGAGACUGAAGGGCUGCCCCAGGAACAGAAGAAAACAGUGGCUGAUCAGAACCUAGAACAGCUGCUUAGCAAUCUGGAGGACCUCAGCAUCUCUAUACAGAAGCUGCACCUGGCCAAGAACGCAGAACCUAAGGAGGCCCCCACAGCCUAAGUGGAGGCCCUUGCUUGGGAUCCUUGAAAACUUGCUCUCAGCCUCAGUUUCCCCAUGAUGGCUGAAGUGAGCAACUGGACUCCCUCAGAUGUGAGGGUAUGAGGAAGGAGCCCAGGCCCCUUCAUCACCCUGACUCUGUGACCUUCGUUAGGACCUGGCCACAGCCCUGGGAGCUGUGUGACCCCGGGCCCUCAGACCUCACAUGACCCCAAGCUCUGACCAGGCUGUGUCCUCUGGCCCUCCGAACUUUACAUGACCCUGACCUCUGACCUAGGCUGUGAUCUCCCCCUGGCCCUGCCGGACCUGUCCAGGCUGGGCCUCUGGCAGCUGAAUUAAACAUAAGGAUAGACAGAUGCCCCCCACCCCCCAAAAAAAACAAAAGAGAGAAAACAGCAUAAUUGAUCAAUACAUCAAAAAAAAAAUCUGAAAAUAUGUGCAAUGUACAACAAUUGUGUGCCUCAUAUCCUUGCCAAGGGAUGGUGCCUUCUCAUAGUUCUUCUUUUAAGUUAUGUUUUGUUCUUUAUAAUUUGGUAACAUUAACUUGAUUUUUUGAGUAGUAAUUCUUAACAUUUACAUCAUUGGAGUCAUUGUGUAUAUUGUUUCCUUGGCUCUGCUUACUUCACUUUGCAUCAGUUCAUAUAGACUUUUCUAUGCUUUUCUGUAUCAGUCACAUUCAUCAUUUCUUACAACACAGUAAUAUUCUAUUACAUUAAAGUAUAACGGCUUUGAAGAUAAAUAAAAAUGUGGUCAAAGGAUACAAAUGAAGAACUCUCAAAAAAACCCCAGAAAACUAUUCCCGAAAAGCCUUUCCCCAGUAAAUGGGCAUCUACUUUGUUUCCAGUUCUUUGCUGCCACAAAAAAAAUAUUACAAAUAUUUUGGUGUAUAUCAGGACUUUUCUUCCUCUUUUUAAUGACCUCCUUGGGAUAUAAGCCCCAUAAUGGAAUCUUUGGGUCAAAAAAUUUGGACAUUUUAGCAUUUUAUUUACAUAAUUCCAAACUGAUUUCCAAAAUGGUUAUACUGAUUCAUAGCUCUACUAACAAUGUACUAGUGUGCCUAUCUUUGCACAACCCUUCUGACAUUGACUAUUCCCAACUUUUGCCAUUUUUGCUAAUUUGUAGGAAACAAGGCAAAACCUUGUGGGUUUGAUUUGCAUUUCUCUUAAUAGUAAUUUGGAGCAUCUGUUCAUACAAUUAUUACUAACUUUCAGUUCUUUCAAGAGCUGUUUUUUCAUAUCCCGUGCAUUUUUAUCUUCAAAAUUGUUCCUAUUAGAAAAAUCCUAAUACCAAAUACAGUUUUGAUAUGUAUAUUGGAAAGGAAGGGGUUAUUUUUUAGGUAUCUUAUAGAAUCAUAGAUUUAAAGCAGGAAGGGACCUUAGAGCUCAUAACAUCUAAUUCUCUUAUUUUACACAUGAGGAAAUGAAUCCCAUUGAGGUCUCUUGCCCAGGACUAAACAACUAUUAAGUGUCUGACACAGGACUUGAACCUAGUUCUACAUAAUUCUGAGUCUGGUUACUAUAUUGUGGUACCUCAGAGGACUAAUUACUAUUUACUGCCAUGAUUAAUGGCCUAUUUGUCUUUUCCUACCCCUUUCCCACAAAAAGUAUCCAAAAGGUAGACUUUAAUAACCUGCUAAAUUCCCUUGAAUUCAUUAAUUAAUACUUUUUAAUGUCUGCCAUACACUAAGUAAUGCACAGAAGAAAUAUUUGUAUUCCUUUCACUUUAAACUAAAAAGUGAGGUGUUCUGUCCCAAAGACCAUUGUUAACACUGUUUUGACUUAGAAGGUAAAUGAGGACUAUUUCACAGACUUGUAUUAUAGGCAUGUCUUUUAAAAUGUAAGGUAAAAUUCUAGCUAGACUGUCUAAAAUAUCUAAUGAGUGGUCUCCAAUAAAUUAUCAGCUUUAACAAUUACUUUUGUGAAAAAUCAGAACAUAUUUA